CACAAAAAUAAAACAAAUAAAACACAAAAGACGAACACUUGCCACAAAAAAAAAAAAAAACAGAAAAACUUAAAAGAGUGGAGACAGGAGGAGGAACAGCAGCACACUUGAUACUGCAGCAGAACUCUCUGGGAAGGGCAGUUAACUCUUUUAUGACUGCUGCAAGCAUCUGCAUCCCCAGCACGCUGCGAUCCAAUCACUUACAGCUCCUUCCCUGCAGCUUUAGCCUUAGAUUCUUUGAAGAAUUACCAUUAUCCUUUGAAUUAGUAGAACUGCAUAUACCGACAUGUACCAGAACCAGUUCAUCUACUCGCGCGAAAGGCGUCGCUUUGGGCGCCAGUGCCGGUUUCAGGAUCGCAAUGAGCUGAUGGUCAGUGUGCAUCCCAGUGGCCGCCAGCGUCUGAAGUACAUCAUGCGCAACCCGUCCGUGCAGGCCACCCAGCUGAGCCGCCAGAUGGCGCUGACCAUCAUGGAGACGGAGAACGUGACCCUCGACCAGCACGGAAUGUACCACUACGAGGGCGGUUGGCCCAAGGAGGUUAACACCAAUGACGAGGAGCAGACGCUGCGCCAUCGCAAGAAGGUGGAGCGCGAAGAUAGCUGGGGCGAGCAGGUCCUGGAUAUGAUACGCACCACGAUGGCGGUGGCGGAGCAGAACAAUACCCUCAAUAUCUACCAGAAUUUCUUCGCUGAUCUGCCGGCGGAGUUGGGUCACGACAUACGGAUGAGGUUUCGCGCCCGGGUGGCCAAUGUGUUCCAUGAUCUUUGGCUGCCAGGGCGACAAUUAAGGUCCAUUGAGUGGAUGCCCAACAAUAGCCGCCAGUUUAUGACCCAGUAUAGCAAUCAAUUUGUGAAGGGAGAGCGACUCCGUUCCGUUUUGGAUGAGCCGGUUGGCGGGACAAAUGGCUUCUUUGUGUGGGAUGUGAAGAAUCCGCUCAAGCCGAGGAUCUCCUACGACAGCAAGCAGCCGGUGUCGCUGGCCAAGAUCUGUCCCAAGGAUGAGAACAACAUGGUGGGUGGCACGGGCCUGGGGCAGGUGUGUCUGUGGAGCACCUUCAAGGGCGGACUCACCGUGCGGCAUUGCCCCUUGGAGGUGUCCCACAGGGAGACCACCUCGGCCCUCUGCUGGGUCCAUUCCAAAUCCAAUACAGAGUUCUAUUCGGGCUCCCUGGAUGGCUCCAUCAAGUACUGGGACACAAGGGAUCUCAAGAUGCCCAUGCAGGAGCUGCUCCUCGAACCGGAACCGCAGGAGCGCCAGUCACGAAUGGAUUCGCAUGGAGUGACAGUGCUGGAGUUCGAAUACACCAUCCCCGUGCGUUUCAUCAUCGGCAGCGAUAUGGGUCACGUUUUCGUGGGCAAUCGCAAGGGUAUGACUCCGACGGAAACCCUUCUGGCUCACUAUCAACUUUUCGUCGGACCCGUGCGCACCAUCAAUCGCAAUCCGUUCUUCGUCAAGAACUUCCUGGUCACGGGCGAUUGGCGGGCGAGGAUUUGGUCGGAGGAGGUCAAGGAUAGUCCGUCCACCAUGUAUUUCCGUAAGAGUGCACAGAUUGUUUGCGGCGCUUGGAGCACGGGUCGCUGCUCCCUAUUCGUCACUGGCGAUAUCAAUGGCGUGGUGGACUUCUGGGAUCUGCUGCUCCAUCACCGCAAGCCCAUUCUUUCCGUGGACUUCAAGGUACCGAUUGCGGAUGUGGUCUUUAGGCCGGAGGGCGAUCUGCUGGCCAUUGCCCUGAAAAACGGCGACACUCACAUCCUGACACUGGAUGAGUCCAUGCGACAGGCCACCGGCAAGGAGAAGGCACUCAUAGCCGCCAUGUUCGAGCGGGAGAUCGUGCGGUGUAAGCUGCUGGAGGCACGUUAUGAUGAGGUCAGGCUGAAGCGGAAAACCCUUCAAAUGGCCGAGGAGGAUCGCGUUCGAAAGCAGCAGCAAAUGGCGCCCACACUCCAACUGGAUCCCGACGAUCCCGAUCAGUUUGUGUUGAUGAUCGAGGGCGAUGAGGAGUUUCGCACGGCCAUCACCGAAUUCCAGGACAUCAUAUUCAGCGUGGAGAGGAAGCGCUCCAAGCGGCAGGUGAUCAUGGAGCGCACGGUCUUCGAGGAAUGGAAUCCGGCUGACGAGAAGCUCCAGGGUGAGCCCGUUGUAUACACUAAGCCCGAUCGCAAGGCUCAGACCUCGGUCAACUACGACAAGAGGAGCUCGGGCGAGCCAAGGAUUUCGCAAGGAUCUGUGAAGCCCCAGUAAAAAUAUGAACUAUAUUGGCUAGUUUGGUAUGCAGAGCAAAUUGAAAUAAAGUUAACAUUUAAAUACAAACUA